AAAAAAAAAAAAAAAAAAAAAGGCCGAGCCCUGUUGCCGUGCAGCACUAGCAAUAGGAAAGUCUGCUGAGAAAGUCAGUCAUUGUCUUCAUCAAAUUGAGGUCGAAGAAUUAGGGUUUUAGAUCCGCGAAGAUCCUAACGUAAUCACUCUCCUAGAUUAAUUAGAGAAAUGGAAGCUCAAGCAAAAGAAGGAGACUCUCUGGAGAAGCGGCCCGGCAUCUUCUUCCUUGGUUCCCCCGGCGUUGGCAAACGCUCUCUUAUUUCUCGAUUACUGGGUUUGGAUUUUGACGACGCUUCUGAUUCUUCAUCAUCGUCAUCUCAGCUGGUGGUUAAUGGAUGGAAUAUCUCUACAAAGUACUAUACUGCUGAUGUUUCGGUAUGGAUGGCUCAUCUCCAUGACGAAUUUUCGAUUGAGACCCUCCCAAUGUAUGACCAGUUGGCUGCCUUGAUCUUGGUUUUCGACACAACUGAGUUGGCGUCUCUGUCUGCACUUCAGAAAUGGGUGUCUCGAACUGAUCUUCAAAAGUUUGAUAUACUAGUAUGUGUAGGGAAUAAGGUUGAUCUUGUUCCGGGUCACCCAGUUCAUGCCGAAUAUAGAAGACAAUUGCAGAAGCUUGGAGACCCGUUUGCUGAUGACGGUCCAGCUUUCACUGUGUAUGGAAUCUCCGAGGCUGAAGGAAGCAGUUUAUUGGGGAAUGACGAGCCACCUGGGGAGGCUAGGCACACAUGUUUGGAAUGGUGCACUGAGCAUAACAUUGAGUUCGUCGAAGCUUGUGCUUCAAAUGCUGAUUUUGACAAAUGUUUGUCAGUUGAUGGCGAUUCACAAGGUAUUGAACGGAUUUUUGGUGCUCUUUCUGCACACAUGUGGCCUGGAAUGAUUUUGAAAUCAGGCGAUAAGAUUGCUGAACCAUCACUACCUGAAAGAGGAGAAGACUUGUCAGACGAAGAAUCUGAUUAUGAAUUUGAGUAUGAAGUCCUCUCUGCGGGUUCAGCUGACCCAUUUGAUGACACGGAAGAAUGGGUUUCUGCAAAUGUUUUUGCUGGACCUUCAGAUAUGCGAGGACUGGCUGCUCAAAGUAAUCUUGUCCUAAAAUGCAAAGAAGAGAAUGGAACCAGCUGUGGUAAGCAGGAGCCCCAUGCCUCAACCUCGACAGCUGCGUUGGAUGAUGGUAUCAACAAAGGAGGGGUAUCCAAUGCAGAAAAACCUGACCAAGACACAGAACUUGACCAAGCCCAAGAACCAGAUGAGGGUUCGAAUGUUGAAUUUGAGGAUUUGGAACAGUUGAUGUCUGAGAUUGGGAACAUGCGUGACAGUUUGAGAUUGAUGCCCGAUUUUCAGAGAAGAGAUAUGGCUGCAAAGCUGGCCAUGAAAAUGGCUACUAUGUUCGGGGGCGGCAGUGAUGAUGAAGUGGAAAGUAUCGGCGAGUAAAGUCCAUCAGCGUUUAAGAGGUGUAAGUAAUUACACAUCCCUGAAUCUCCUUCUUAUACUUUUGUCCACAAGCUGUUAAGGAAAGGGGAAUCAGCAGUCUUCUUUACGAAAAGAACGAGAUAGAUUGAGCUUUGUGGAAAUAUUUUGUUCAUUUGCCUGCUCUCCUGUACUGCAUAAGGAGGUUCAGAAUAGUCAAUACCUAUUACCCGUGCCCGAACCGAGCUGCUAGAAACUUAUGUGUUUAAUGAAACAGUGGAAAUGUUAGGAUUGUAUUCGAAAUUGGAGGGAAGAAUCAAUUAGAUAUCUUCUUGUAAACGUUUUUGUAUAAGCACAAGUACCCGUGGUGUGAUGAUGUUGCAAAACUUUGAUAUGUGAACCAACAUACAAAUUAGAACUUUCCUCCAAUGA